AGUGAAAGUGAACACAGGAAUACUUCUUCACCAAAACUGCUGCCUUUGCAAUAGUUUAUCGCCAUCAACAAUGAUUUUUCUACUUCUUUUGACCAUUCUUGUUCUUGAUCAACUGCCAGGUACCCUCUGCACUGUGACGACUGUGGGAGAUUUGACUGUAUUGGAGGGCUAUUCCAUCACUGUUCCCUGCCAUUAUAACCCACAGUACACCAGUCAUGUGAAAUACUGGUGCUACGGCCGGAUGAGGGAGUUCUGCUCGAGCCUGGCCCGCACAGAUGACCCAGAAUCAACCCAGCACGGAAAAGGAAGGGUGAUGAUCGCAGAUGACCCCUCUCAGCAUGUGUUUACUGUGACCAUGCUCGACCCGACGGAGGGAGAUUCUGGGUGGUACUGGUGUGGUGUGGAGUUGGGAGGGAUGUGGAAUGCUGACAGCACUGCCUCCCUUUAUAUCAGUGUCAUUCAAGGUAUAUCAGUGGUGAGCAGUAUGGUGAGUGGAGAUGAAGGUAACAGUGUCAGUGUUCAAUGUCUCUACAGUAAGAGCCUCAGAUCCAGUGAAAAGAAGUGGUGCCGCAGUGGGAUUUUGAACUCUUGCAUGGUGACGGACUCUGAGGGAACAUUCAGCAGUAAAAGCCUGCUGAUCCACGAUGACAGAAAGACUAUGUUCACUGUGACUUUAAAACAGCUGGAGAUGAGAGAUUCAGGGUGGUACUGGUGUGCAUCCGGUCAGCAUCAGGAGGCUGUUCAUGUGUCAGUCACACCACGAGCCACAACACUAGCCACAACACGAGUCACAACACGAGUCACAACACGAGCCACAACACCAUUUCCCGUCCUGAAUCUGAAGACUACACCCGGAUCUCCAACUCUAACGUCCUCAAAUGACUCUCAAAAAAGUCGCCCUUUUUGGGAGACACCUCUUGUGGUGUGUUUGGUCGUACUCCUGAUCAUGACUGUGUUACUGGCACUUUGGAAGUUAAGACAGUGCUACAAAAAGCCCAAGCAUCGAGGGACAAAUGAAAUUAGUGAUAAUCUUCCAGUGUGUUCAUGGAGAAAAGGUGGCUUUAAGAACACAUCGGUGAUUUUCCUGAACACUCCAGCAAUACACAUGCUUUAACAGAGAUCACGAGGGGCCUGCAUAACAGAAAACACACAAGACUCACAAAUUUGCCAAUGCUCUUAAGAUAAAGACGAUUAUGUAGUAAAAAGCAGGGGUGCAACUACCCAUUUCUGAGUGGGAAUGCAUAACAAAAAUUUGUGCCCCUAUGCAUUUGUUAUUUCUGGGGGUCAAAGAGGAUGGUUGUGCCCCCUUCAGUGAUCUGCCGGCGCCCCCCCUUACAUGGCGCCCCCUAUUUACUGCACACCUUGCAUGUAUGUUUUUUCGCCUCUGGUAAAAAGCGACUCUUUAAUGCUCUUUGAAGGCAUAGUUCAUUCAAAAAUGAAAAAUCUGUUUGUCAUUUAAACACCCUCAUGAUUAUCCAAACCGGUAUGACUUUCAAGAGGAAAAAACAAAACAAAAGAUAUUUUGAAGAAUGUUGAUGCUGCACUUUUAUUACAUUCAACAAAAGUGAAUGAUGGCUGAAGCUGUCAUUCCUUAACAUUCUGUCUAACAUAUUACUUUGUGUUUCUCUGAGAAAAGAAAUUGUUGUUAUUGUUGUGCUGUUUUCUGUAAUGUAUUUACACAUAUUUGUCUGUAACUAAAAAUAUGAUUCAAAGUAAACUGUAAGAAGAGAAUGGGGGUAGAAAUGUGUUCUCAGUCCUGAGCUAUGGUUAUUUUUUUGAAUGAAUUACAUGGGAAAGCUUUCAUGAAUGCAUGCAUUGUACAAAAAAUAUAUUUGAGGAUAAUAAUAAUAUGCUUAAUUG